AUGCGAAUGCACGUUCUCAGUGCUGCCAAGGAUGGCCCCAGCAUCAGCGCCCUGCAGGUAUCUGCAAAGUCCCUUCGGACAGCAAUGCAACAGGGUCUGCUGGAGGUCUUCUGCCGAUUUGUAAGCCACCCGGUCGCUGGACACAAUCUGACGGGGGCCAUUUGGAAAUUGGCCCAUCUUGCACCGAAGGGAAAUGCCAAAGCAUGUGCAGUCAUCAGUGCUCGCCUUCGUCAUCGACGCUGCUGCGUGCGAGAAGCUGCUGUUCUCGCUUUGGGGCACAUGGCACACUCCGAUCUCGUGCCGAGGAUACGAGACUGUCUCUCCGAUGGCCAAGGGCGUGUUCGUGCCUCUGCUGCCUGGGCAUUGUCUCAGCUGACGGAGCAGGGAGAUUUGGAAACACUCCGCGCGACAAUGAUCUUGCUUGGUGACGAAUCCAUUGAUGCCUGCAGAGCCGCAGUUCAAUGCAUUGCUGCAGUUGCGCGACAAGGGGACGAUACCGUCACUCGCCAGCUCACCGAACUUCUUGGAAGCGGAUGUGCGACAACCCGCUGGGCAGCACUGGAGACGCUGUCCCGCAUCACGCUUAAGGGCGAUCCGGCCGUGGUUGCCAGCCUCGUCCCAUGCCUUGAAGAUCCCGACCCGGAGAUCCGUACGUCAGCAGUUGAUGCACUGCGGCGGGUAGCCAUUCACGGUGACCCGGUGGCAGUCCAGGGCGCAUUGCAGCGCUUGGACCACCGAGAUGGCUCAAUACGAGCUGCCGCGUUGCGGACUAUGUCGUGGGUGGCCAAAGUUGGCGAUGCGGUGGCCAUCACCAAGGCCAGAGGUUGCCUGGAUGAUGGAGUGUCGAACGUUCGUGCUGCUGCUGUUGAGACGCUGGCAAAGCUGACGCCAUCCAAGGGUGACGUCGAGGUCAUCUCCUGCGUGGUUGCGCGCUUGGAAGACGGCGAGUCUUUCGUUCGCACUGCCGCAAUGGAAAGCCUGGUGAAGGUAGCUGACGAGGGUGACCUGACAGCUAUGCCAGCGCUCUUGUCUCUGCUGGAGCAUCAGGACGGGCGUGUUCGGUUGGCAGCAGUCGAAGCCCUCGGGCAGCUGUCCCCGAAAGGGGAUGAAGCCGUUCUUGCUGCCAUCUCAGAGCUACUGGAAGACCGCCACACCGGCGUCUGCUGCACGGCUGUUCAGGUCUUGGCACACUUGUCCGGCAAGAGCGAGGAGGCUUGUGCGGCCAUACGUGCAAGACUUGAGGAUGUUGCAGGAGAGGCUCUGCGAGCUGCUGCUGCCUAUGCUUUGGGUGACCAGUUGGACCUCAAACAGGAGAUCCAACUGAGCUGA